AUGGAAUAUCACCUUUCUUCUGAUACCAGUGAAUGGGUUGAAUUGAAUGCUCAUAAACUUCACCUCAACAACUUUGUGCUGCAGGCUCGGGUCCUUACGGUGAAGAAAUUGGUGACUUGCAAUUCAGGGUCAAGCAUGAGAAAAUUCAUGAUUUUGCACCUUGUGACAUGGAUUUGGAUGUGUGGUCUUGCUCACAGCACAAGUCCUGCCAGUGUGAACAUUGGUGCGAUUUUUGCUUUCGAUUCUAUCAUAGGUAGAGUUGCGAAGGAAGCUAUGGAAAUGGCCGUUUCUGAUGUCAAUGAGGAUCCCACAGUUCUCAAGGGAACCAAACUCAACUUGAUAAUGAAGGAUGCCAUGUGCAAUGCUUUUCUGGGAUCAAUUGGAGGUGCCAACCUUGAACCUCAUCAAUUUUCUUGUUGUUGCUGGAGUUGCAAACUAUUGAAAUUCCUCCCCUUCAGCUGUUUUCUAAGUUUAGGCUUGAAUUCAGACUUGGUCGAGGCUAUGCAUAAACAUUGUCCAUUAGAUGUACUUGAGAAAGGGGUUGCAGCCAUAAUUGGUCCCCAGUCAUCUGCCACAGCUCACACGGUUUCUCAAAUAGCUGAUGCCCUCCAAGUUCCUCUUGUUUCAUAUGCUGCCACUGAUCCAACCCUGUCCUCCCUCCAGUUUCCGUUCUUUAUUCGUACUACACAAAAUGACUUGGCACAAAUGACUGCAAUGGCUGAUUUAAUUGACUUUAAUGGAUGGAAAGAGGUCAUUGUUGUAUUCUUAGAUGAUGAUUAUGGAAGAAAUGGAGUAUCUGCUUUGAGUGAUGAACUUGAAAAACGGAAAUUGAAAAUUUCUUAUAAACUGCCUUUGAGUAUUAAGUUCGAUCAGCAUGAAAUCACCAACAUACUCAAUCAAUCCAAAUUGUUUGGUCCUCGUGUGUAUGUUGUUCAUGUAAACCCUGACCCGAGGUUGAGAAUUUUUUCUAUUGCCCAUAAACUUCAAAUGAUGGCCAAGGAUUAUGUCUGGCUUGUCACGGAUUGGCUCUCAGUUACACUAGGUUCAUUAUCCCCAGUGAAUCAGACCUCUUUCAAUGUUCUCCAAGGGGUUGUUGGUCUUCGUCAACACAUUCCGGAUUCCAGAAAAAGGAAAGCUUUUGUUUCUCAGUGGAUAAAAAGGAAAAAAGGAGGAUUACCAAAUAAUAGUUUGAACUCCUAUGGAUUUUCUGCUUACGACACUGUUUGGGCAGUUGCACUUUCAAUUGAUAAAUUCAUUAAAGAAUAUAAUAAUAUUACCUUCUUGCUUCAUGAUAACUCUACGCUAUCUCAUACAGAAGGAAUGGGUAUUCAGCUUGACAAACUCAAAAUCUUCACUGGUGGAUCUGAUCUGGUCAACAUAUUAUUAAAAUCUAAUUUUACUGGUGUGAGUGGUCAAGUUCUGUUUAAUUCUGACAGAAAUAUUGUAAGUGGUGGUUAUGAUAUUAUCAAUGUCAAUCAGAUGGGAAUUACUAGAGUUGGUUUUUGGUCUAAUUAUUCAGGAUUUUCAGUUGUGCCCCCUGAUGCUCUUAAAAAAAAGGAACACAGCAGGUUUUCCAAAGAUCAGAAGCUUGACAACAUUACCUGGCCAGGAGGAAAGACAGAUCGACCUCGUGGCUGGGUGAUUGCUGAUAAUUCCAAGCCACUGAGAAUAGGAGUUCCAAAAAGAGCAAGUUUUGUUGAAUUUGUAACUGAACUGCCAGAUAGUCAUAAAAUUCAGGGAUAUUGCAUCGAUGUGUUCAAGAAAGCCCUAGAAUUUAUCCCAUAUGAAGUUCCCUUUGUAUUCAAGCCUUUCGGGAAUGGUAAAGCAAAUCCCAACUAUGAUGCGCUUGUGAAAAUGGUUGCUGAUAAUUUAUAUGAUGCUGUUGUUGGAGACAUUGCUAUUGUGACAAACCGAACAAAGAUUGUAGAUUUUUCUCAACCUUUUGCAUCAUCUAGCCUUGUCAUAGUGGCUCCUAUCAACAAAGCAGGAUCAAGUGCUUGGGUAUUCCUCCAACCAUUUACAGCAGAUAUGUGGUGUGCUACUGCUGCCUCAUUUUUGGUGGUUGGAAUUGUUAUAUGGAUUCUUGAGCACCGAGUCAAUAAUGACUUCCGUGGACCUCCUAAAAAGCAACUUGUGACAAUGUUAAUGUUCAGCCUCUCAACCUUGUUUAAGAAAAACCAGGAAGAUACAGUAAGCUCCCUUUCUAAAAUGGUGAUGAUAGUCUGGCUUUUUCUAUUGAUGGUGAUCACGGCUAGCUAUACAGCAAGCUUGACUUCAAUUCUUACAGUGGAGCAGCUUUCAUCGCCCAUCACAGGAAUUGAUAGCUUGAUUGCAAGUAAUUGGCCUAUUGGAUACCAAGUAGGAUCAUUUGCUUACAGCUAUCUGGCGGAUAAUCUUUAUGUAUCAAAAUCAAGACUUGUUUCACUAGGCUCCCCUGAGGAAUAUGCUUUAGCUCUGCGGAAGGGACCAUCUGGUGGAGGGGUGGCAGCCAUCGUCGAUGAGCUUCCAUAUGUUGAGUUAUUUCUGUCAAAAGAAACUGAUUUUGGUAUCAUCGGACGGCCAUUCGCCAGAAGCAGUUGGGGAUUUGCUUUUCAAAGAGAAUCUCCUUUUGCCUAUGACAUGUCUACAGCAAUUUUGAAACUUUCCGAGAAUGGAGAUCUUCGUAAGAUACAUGAGCAGUGGUUCUGUAAAAUGGGCUGUCCUGGACAAAGGACAAGCAACUCCAAGCCUGCACAGCUUCACUUGGUUAGCUUUUGGGGCCUGUAUCUCUCAUGUGGUGUUGUCUCUCUCGCUGCACUUGUACUGUUUCUGCUACGAAUGAUUCGGCAAUACGCUCGCUUCAAACAAAAGCAAAAGGAUAUUGCUUCUUCAUCCUCAGAACAACCAUCAGGCAUUCAUUGUUCCCAGGUUGUUGUUAACUUCUUUAACUUCAUUGAUGAGAAGGAAGAGGCCAUCAAGAAAAUGUUCACUCCAAGUGACAAUCAUGACAACCCCAACUGA